CGGCGCGCGGAAGCAUCCCGCGCGGGGCCGUGUACGGGACAGCCAAUCGCGAGCCGCCUGCUCGGAUUCCUCCGCCCAGGCCGUGCUGCAGCCGCAGGUGGCCCGGCCGAGCGUGUCCAGCGGCGGCCGCCGUCCCGAGAUGCCUCGCGGGUGACCUCCGACCUCGCGGGCCCGCCCUUCUCUCCGGCCGCUCCCCUCCCCAACCCGAGCCGAGCUUGCAGAGCCCUCACGGGGCAGGUGCGCGACUCCGCGGACGGUCGCCGUGCAGCGGCUGGCUGCGGCGGCUCCUCCACGCCCCGAAGCCCCGAGCGGGCCGGCCGGCCUCCCUUCGCCUCUCCUCCUCGCCGGAGGCGCCCGGUGGGGGUGACCGGGGCCGUGGCCGAGAGGCGCGUCCCGGGGUGCAAGAUGACCAACGAAGAACCUCUUCCUAAAAAGGUCCGAUUGAGCGAAACAGACUUCAAAGUUAUGGCACGGGAUGAGUUGAUUCUAAGAUGGAAACAAUAUGAAGCAUACGUUCAAGCUUUGGAGGGAAAGUACACAGACCUUAAUUCAAAUGAUGUGACUGGCUUAAGGGAAUCUGAAGAAAAACUCAAGCAGCAACAGCAGGAGUCUGCACGCAGAGAAAACAUUCUUGUCAUGCGAUUAGCAACCAAGGAGCAGGAGAUGCAGGAGUGUACUACUCAAAUCCAGUACCUCAAGCAAGUCCAGCAGCCGAGUGUUGCCCAACUGCGAUCAACAAUGGUAGACCCAGCGAUCAACUUGUUUUUCCUAAAAAUGAAAGGUGAACUGGAACAGACUAAAGACAAACUGGAACAAGCCCAAAAUGAACUGAGUGCCUGGAAGUUUACGCCUGAUAGCCAAACAGGCAAAAAGUUAAUGGCGAAGUGUCGAAUGCUUAUCCAGGAGAACCAAGAGCUUGGAAGGCAGCUGUCCCAGGGCCGUAUUGCACAGCUUGAAGCAGAGUUGGCUUUACAGAAGAAAUAUAGUGAGGAGCUUAAAAGCAGUCAGGAUGAACUGAAUGACUUCAUCAUUCAACUGGAUGAAGAGGUAGAGGGUAUGCAGAGCACCAUUCUAGUUCUUCAGCAACAGUUGAAGGAGACACGACAGCAGUUGGCGCAGUACCAGCAGCAGCAGUCUCAAGCUUCAGCCCCAAGUACCAGCAGGACUACAUCUUCUGAACCUGUAGAUCAGGCAGAGGCCACAAGCAAAGACUGCAGUCGUCUGGCAAAUGGACCAAGUAAUGGCAGCUCCUCCCGCCAGCGGACGUCUGGGUCUGGAUUUCACAGGGAGGGGAACACAACUGAGGAUGACUUUCCUCCUUCUUCAGGGAAUGGUAAUAAGGCCUCCGACAGCUCAGAGGAGAGAACUGGCAGAGGAGGGAGUAGUUACAUAAACCCACUCAGUGCGGGGUAUGAAAGUGUAGACUCUCCCACGGGCAGUGAAAACUCUCUCACACAUCACUCAAAUGACACAGACUCCAGUCAUGACCCUCAAGAGGAGAAAGCAGUGAGUGGGAAAGGUAAUCGAACUGUGGGUUCCCGCCACAUUCAGAAUGGCUUGGACUCAAGUGUAAAUGUACAGGGUUCAGUUUUGUAAUAUUUUUUCCAGCAAAUUUUUAUACAGUGUCAUUUAAUUUGGGAGAGGAUGCUGUCAAAAAUUAAUGCAUACUUUUGUCACGAUUUGCCUUUUUGUGGGUGUGUUUUUUGUUUGGUUCCCUUUUUUGUUUUGUUUUUCUUUUUUAUUGCUUCAAUACCUCUGCCACUUUGAAAAUCGUAACAGUUAAUUACUUUGAACGUUGCUAAAAGAACAUUUUGUGUAGGGUCAAGUUAUUUUUAUAUGAGUUAAUGUGAAGUUGUAAAUGGGAAUCUAUAACGAUGAUGUCUGUAUAAAUCUGUGUCUAUCUAGAACCUGUGCUGUGUAAGGGCAUUCUUCCUCAUGCUGUUAUAUACUUAUGCACCAUUCAGACUUGUUAGAGUAGAUGUGGGUUUAUGACUGCCAAGGUUGCCCAGUACAGUAGUUUUUAUCACUAAAAAGUUGGACUUGGAGUCCUAUAGUAGUUUCAGUGUUAGAUAAAGUUUUUCCACCAUACAUCUGUGCAUUCAUCUUUAGGCGACUGAAUGUUUAAGAAAUCUGUGUGCAUAGUUACUAAGUUUUUAUGAACUGUUGUGUCUUGUUAAUGCAUAUUGCCCUGUGACUCCAGUAUAUCUCACUUGUACUGACCAAACCUAAAUAAAAAAAAUUUUAUUAUGA